CUGUAGGUACCUAGGUACCUAUAUCUCCUAAGGUACAACAUAUGUACCUAGGUACCUCUAUAUUAGAGCCCUGCUAACAUUCAGUUAUCCGGAUUGCCGAUACUAGAGCAGGGCAUCGAGACGUCGGCUUCAAUCCCCUACGAAUAGAACAUGUCAUGACGUCUCAUUAGGUAUUCAACUACGACGGCCUCUACAAAUCCUUUCAUUUCGGUCUCUUUUUCUCGCUCCUCCCUGAGCCAACUCGCAUCCUCCCCACUUACCCAAGGCCUAGCAAUCUAAGACUCUCGUCUCGCCACUGUCAUUGCCGUUGUCUCGUCGGUGCUCGUAUGCUGGAGUGCGCACAAUAACAUGCCGUUCCCAUUCACCCUGCCCACCACAUCCUCCUUUGCCUUCUCCUCUAGCUUCGACUGCGAGUCCCAUCCCUCGCUGACCCUAUACGCCAGCACGCUCCGAGGCGUCGCCAGGGACUCCUUAAAGAAGCACAAGCGGCUCCCUCCUGCAUCGCAAGGGCCCAGCCUCCCUACGGUAUUAUCCAAUGUGAAUAACUACCUUCCCUACCUCCUUGCCGUCGAUGCUGGACUGGGAAACAGGCUAGUUUCUGGCGAGGAGGUCAACGUAACCCCGACCUCUACCCCAGCCAUUGAGUGGAGGCCGACUCUGUCAGACCAUGCUGUGCCCGGCAAGGAGAUGGCCAGGGUCAAGAUCCAAUCCCUCGAACAUGAGCUUCUCUUCGCCCUUUCCACUGUGGGCUACACCCAUACCCUCCUUGCUCGCUCUUCGCUACACCCGCUCUACGUCACUUCGGGCUCGCCCCUCAGCAGUCAGGAACGGACCACGGCCAUCACCACGGCCACCAAGCAUCUACUCGAUGCUGCCUCGGUGCAUGACUAUCUUGCCCGUCGACCCGACGGCCUGGUCCCCAAUCCUCCUUGUAUGGACAUUUCUAAGGCCACCGCCCGUGCCAUGUCUUCGCUCGCCCUAGCUGAGGCAACACUACUUGCGGUUCUCAAGGACGACCCUUACCCCGCUGUCGUUGCCCAGGAUAGGAACGAAAAUGACCGUGAGUGGAUGUAUAGAGCCCCUGAGAUACCCAAGGUUCGCGCCCAUCUAUUCGCUCGGCUCUGUCUCGCUGCGGCGGAUCAUGCAGCGCAAGCGUCGUCGUUGUGCCAGUCUCAGGGGAGGGGAACCUCGAGGCUCGACGAAGGACUCUUGCGGUAUCUGGAGGACUUUAGAAGAACGAGCCGGGCAAAGGCCUGCCGGUUCUUCGGCAUCGAUGCCGAACUAUCGGGUCAGACCGGGACCGCUCUCGGCUGGCUGCGGUGCGGCCUCCAAGAACUCGGGGUCGAGCCGAGAGAGGCCAAGAGGGGUCCUAGCCUUAGCAAACUAAGGAAAGACUGGUCCGAGAGGAGAGAGGACAAGAAGGUCGAGAGGGGCACUAACUGGGGGGCAGAUGCGGGCAGGUUAGAGGAGACCAGGGUCAUCGAGAUGUUGGAUGCAAAAUGGACCAAAGUAAACGAUACGCCGGGGACAGAUGCUCACUCAGCUCGUCCCGUCACCCGGGACCUUACUGUCCACUCUCCCGUCCGGUAGAGAUAUACACUCAAUCAAGCCCUACCAACCCCUAGAACUUGACAGGGAAGCUCUAGAGGCAAUACGCGCCCCCCCGGAUCGGAUUGGCGAUUUCGCGGACGAUCAGCAGAGCUCGGAUGAGGAGAGGACUGCCAUCGACACCGCGACGGGGUCGUUCUUGGGCACUCACCAACACCAAAGCACCAGCACGAGGUCUUAUUAUUAGUAACGUUCAGACGGUUCCAGCUUCCCAUACCUCAUCAUCUCCACAGCAACGACGGAGGGAAUCGUGCCGACGACGACUCUUAAUCCCCGAGUCGAGUGACGCGGCCGUUGGCUCCUAAGCACCGCGGUCUCAUGGUAUCCUACGACCGUAGGAGUGGGAGCCGUCCAGGCCGCCUCGGUAGAUGCCACUAUCAUUAACCCAGCCAUCCGAGUCAGGACAAAUAGGCUAGUUGGCACAUCCACGAGCCUCUUCACCUGCUGACGCGCAAUUCAGGGUACUCUGUACAUGUCGUAGUCGCCGCCGACUUCCAACUACCACACGCAUGCCCAGAGGCUUUGGCGAUCUAUCUACCGGCUCGCCAGCUACUGCUUGACAACAAGGUGCGAGUCAGCUUAGACCGGUGGCCUAUCAGGAAGUUCAAUCGGUACCCGUCGCUCUAUCCCUUCCUCAUAAAACCUAAGAGGUGAGGAAAAGAUAUAUAUAUAUAUAUAUAUAUAUAUA